ACUCUCAACUGUGAGCUCUGGCGAUUCCGUGUGACUGCAAAUUGCCAACCGAUUAUCACUAAGCACAGACCAUGCCCUGUCUCUCCGUUAAUCCAACCCAACUCAUUAACCGGAUUUCUCGACUCUACGACUCACGACACCAGCAUCAAGUUCACUCCAGACCUCAUUCUCCUCGGGAACACAACAUCGCCGCUGCAGCGACAUACACAUCAAAUAAUAACACAAUCAGAUUCCAGGGGGGCGGCAAUCGCAAAGGCCUCGCCGCACAGAAUCUCUCAACCCUCCCCAACUUUCACGAGUUCCCCGCCAGAGACAGAAAGCGCAGCAUAUUCCAUAUCACCCAUAAUAAGCUCCAAGAAGCAAACUAAUAUAUUAUGACAACAAAAAUGCCCCCGAAAAAGCCAAUACCAACCCACUUUCUCUGCAUCCCGCUCGUGACAGCCCACUCCCGCCCGCAGCUAGCCGCCUCGCUGUCCGCCUUCCGCUCCGACGUCACGUCGCCCGUCCCGCUCGGCUUCGGCCUCGCCGACGACGCUAUCCGGCCACUCGGCACGCUGCAUCUCACGCUGGGCAUCUUCAGCUUCCCGCGCGGCGGGGAUCACCAGGAAGGCGAGGCGCAGCUGGCGCGGGCAAGGGAGGUUCUGGCGGGGCUGGAGCUCAGGGAGAUAUGGAAGGGUGUUCGGCGGAGGGGUAUGCCUAGGAUGCCUGGGUCAGAGGCCGAUCUUCGUAAGGGAGAAGGGCAGGGCAGAGUGGAGGGAACGGAGGGGACGGAGGGGACGAAGGGGAAGGGGGAGGGGGAGGAGGAGGAGGAACGGCCCAAGAUCACGCUGCGCGGGCUGGCGUCCAUGCAAGCGCCGACGCAAGCGGCUGUGCUGUAUGCGCCGCCGGUGGACCAGCUUGGGCUGUUGCAGGCGUUCUGUGAGAGGGUCCGAGACGUGUUCCGGGAGGCCGAGCUCAUGGUGGACGAGGGGCGGCCGCUGCUGUUGCACGCUACGGUUGUGAACACGGUGUAUGUGAAGAACAAGAAGGAGUGGAAUAGUGGUGUUGCUGGGAACAACAGCAGCAGCAGUAGCAAGAGGGCGAGGGGAGGCAGGGGAGGCAACAAGUGGGACCGGUUAGUGUUUGAUGCCACGGGGAUUAUCGAUCGCUAUGAGGACCAGGUGUGGAUGCAGGAUGUGCCCGUGGAGAAAGUCGCGAUUUGUAAGAUGGGCGCGAAGAAGGUGGUUGUCGACGGUCAAGAAGACGAGGCAUACGAGGUCGAGGCUGAGGUCGAGUUCUAAGGCGAGCGCCACCAGCUAUUGAGUCUUGACAGCCACCGGCGUGGUAGGACUACAAAUUCAGCGGAUUGGGUAGCGCUCAUUACCUGCAGUCUUUCGACUAUCAGACCGGGUCUCAGAUGGGUUUGGCGUGCCGUGGUGCUUGUUCCCUCACCACGGCAUCUGAUAACCGGGCUGCC